CAGAGGGCAGUUCCUGACUGUGAGUCAUCACUGGUGCCCAGACUGCGAACACAGACUCAAAAUUGCAUGUGAAAAGAGGGGCUGCUCUUUUGACUCUUACAUGCGUGAAGUUGGUCUUCUGGACUUGCUCUGAACAUACUUUUCCGAGUUUAUCCCGAUAUAUCAUUGUGCUGGAUGUUUAGAAUGGAUCACAAAGGCUGAGUCACAUGUGCUGCCUGAGGACACCGGCAGAGCCCUGACAUUGCUGUAAACCAAACUCAGGUCACUUCAGUGUUAUUCGUAGUAGAAACACAUCCCAAUCCCAACAUGGCUGCUGCUGCACUUGUCACAGAGAACUUCAAGUUUGUCUCCCUCUUCUUCAAGAGUAAAGAUGUGAUGAUCUUCAACGGUCUGAUUGCUCUGGGCACUGUGGCCGGCCAGACUGCGUACAACGUUUUCGCCUUUAACUGUCCAUGUUCCGCUGGGAGGAACUACCGCUAUGGCCUGGCUGCCAUUGGUGUUCCAGCGUUGGCGUUUUUCCUCGUGGGAAUAAUGAUGAAUAAGAGCACAUGGGACCUGGUUUCCGAGUGUCGGCUUAGAAAAUGCCGGAAGCUCUCAGGAGCCGCAGCCUUUGCGCUGCUGGGAACCAUCAUCGGCCGAGCUGUGGUGGCUCCGCUAACGUGGACGGUGAUCUCUCUGCUGCGGGGACAGGCAUACACAUGUGCCCUCAGUGAGUUUGUUGACUGCAGUACACUGAAGGGCUUCCCCCAAGAUCAGGGGUCAGAGGUCAUGGCCAAAUUCCCCUGUCAAGAAAGUGUUCCAGUGGAGCUGCAAGGCUUCUGGCCUGAAAUUGAACGGCAACUGAAAUACGAAUCUCAGCUGAUAGGCUGGCUCCUGGUGGCGGGGAUGUCUCUGAUGGUGUUCCUGAUGCUGUGUAUGAAGCGCUGCACCUCUCCCCUCGGCUACAUACAGGAGGACUACUGGUCUCAGUACCGCUCGAGUGAAAAGACCCUCUUUGAGCGCACAGCAGCUGUCCAUGCCCGCCUCCUGGCUGCAGAGAACAUCAAGAGCUUCUUCGGUUUUGUGGCACUGGAGAAGGAAGAGAAGGAGCAGCUGGUUGAACAUCAGAGUGCUACUCCUAUCUGCAGCACUGACUGGAACAGAGUGACUGGUGUCUACCUCUACAGAGAGAAGAAUGGAUUGCCUCUGUACAGCAGGCUCAACAAAUGGGGCACAUAUAACCAGGAGGAUAACAUGGAGGCCAUGGACAAAGAGAUGGACAUGCUCACCCUCAGCUGACAGUGUGACCAUAAAGACAUCAGUAUGCUUCAGACAGAAUGCUUGUUUGAUCAUUCAUCUACGUCUACAGCCUCCCACUCCUGUCCCAUUUCAGAACUGUUUCUGACAACUUUAGUUACUUUCUGAAAGUGCAAUUAAUGAUCACCAACAAUACUCCUGCCGCUUUGUGUACUUCAUAAGUUCUGGUUUGUUUGAAGCAUACUGAACCCUUUUGUCAUCAGUGCAAUUUGAGGUGAGCUCAGGCAGUGAGGAAGUGAAGUCCAGGCAUCAGGCAUGGUCAUUUACGAUCAGUAUUUAACAGGGCUUUAAGGGCCAGAUCAGAUAGGUCACGGUUUCUCCAGGUGUCUUUUUACAUUUGUUUUCUAUGGUCAGGUUUUGCAAACUGCUAAUGUGCUCAAAGCACUUUGUUUCUUGGAGCAGAAUACCCCUGAACACCUCAACUCAGAGAAGAAAAGCGCUCAAAGUCAUUUUUGCUUUUCUAAUUGUUCAACUGGAUGCAUUGAGAGGCAGACCUUAAAUAGCUUGAAAAAAAAAACUACUAUGGAGUAGAAACUAAGUCUGGCUGUUUCUAGUUACAUGGAACUACGUGACUUUACAUAUUGACAUUAGCAAAGUUUGAACAACAAACAAGCAUUUAUGUGCUGUUUUGUCAACAGUUCUAUAAAAAUGAACUGCGCUGCUUUCUGCACCCGAUGGUGCGGGUUACAAAAUGUUAGACACAACACACAGCCUUUUUUGUUGUAGAAAAAAGGAACAAAAAGCACAUUUGUUCAAGAUAUUCUGUCAACUUUUAAAAGUGCCUUCAUUAAUCAACUGAACUCCAAAAAGUGUGGCUGUGUCUCUGCACUCGGAAUCUGUCACAGUGCUCCAUGUGUAGAUCCACUCCAACCAUCCCAGGAUGACACUUUGUGGUCUUGAAUAUGUCACAUAUUCAACCUUCAUAUGAAUGGGCUUUGUAAAGUUCAUAAUUUAGAACCCUUUGUAAGCUUUUCACUCUUUCAUUAUCCUCCCAACAUCUGGCUUGGCCUUGAUAUUGCUCAAAAAUAUCCAUUACUUGUUUCAAAAUACAGUGAUGCCUGUAUUUCUGUGUAGUUGUUUUAUACAAUAACAAGACCAGUCGUCCUUGACAGUUUUCCAUACUCUCUGAAGACCCGAUCUAACUGCAGAAAUCACAUCUGGAUACCUUCAGGUUUACAAGGCAAUGGGAAGAGACUAGACUGCUCAUACAUGUGCAGCAUCCUUUCUCUUAGGGUCCCCAAACACUAGCAGUUGUUUCUUCUUCUUCUUUUGACUAGAUUUGCAUUUCUGUUUUUGCAGGGUGAAGAUGUUUUUUUUGUAUUUUGUCUAUUUGCAUGUGGUUUCUUAAAUUGCAGUCUGUUAAGCUCUUAGGGCCAUUCCACUAAAUGACCUAAAAAUUUAUGUAAAGUGCGGGUGAUACUGGAGUAGCUUGUUGGUGUCAGCAAUUUGGUGAAUUAAGUGUACCUGAACUCCAAAACACUUCAAAACACAUCAAAUAGCCUUUUUGGUGAAGAGAAAACAUUAUCAAUUCAGUCGGCUAAUGUUUCAUGUUAGCAUAAGGCUAAGUUGGAUUCACUCACACCUUGCUAAUGUUAAAUUGCUAAUGCUAGUUCUUUAGGCAAUAAAAGACACAUAAAAAGGACCGAAUACUCGUAAUAAUUUAUUUUCGAACAAUUUCUAUCACAAUAUGUUCAUCUAAUGAGUACCAUCAUCAAAAAUUUAAAUUUGGAAAGAUACAACCUAAACUAUUGAGGGAAUGAGAUGCAGAUCUUCACCUGCACCUCACGGGUGGAGAAAGACAGGUGAGGGGAAUGAGGUGAGGAAAGAAGAGGAGCUGAUAGGCUGAGGAAAAUACUGGGAUCAGAACAGAACUGGCUAACUAGCCGAUGCAGGACAGGUGUGCAGCAAAAACAAAUGCUGGAAAGAAGAGUCGAGUAAGAAGAUCACAACUACGGAGAGAACAGAUAGAAGAGUACUGGAAAACA